AUGAGCUGCAAGACUGAAGACAGCACUGCAUUCACUAACGCGACUUCUGAAAACGACUCUAAACUGCUUGAAGAAAUCAAAGAGAAUUUAUCCGUUAAUCGACCACGAGUCUAUUUGAAACGGUUAUCUUCUGAUUGUCAGGCUCUGCAUUCUAAGAAAAAAUUAAAAUUUACAGAAGAAAAAAUUUCGCAUGUAAUUAAAAUUUUACCAACUCCUGAUUCCUCUGGCAUGUGCGGAAAGAAGCUAGCCAUGAAAAAACAAAAUCUGAUUCCAAGUACUCCGAAGACAACAGCUGUUAACAUGAAUGACCGGUGUAGUACAGAUGAAGAUUUGCCUCUUACUAAACCAAGUCAUAGUUUGAAAACAAAUAUAUUUGAUCCAAAUAUUAUUAAUGAUAAAUGCUCAGUAGACGACUCUAAAUCAAGUGUUAAUAACCUUGACACUGCUGAAUUGAAUAACAAUAUGAAAUGUGAAUCGAACCUUCCUAUUUCUAAUAGUUCUCUCUUACUUACUACGGAAAACAUUGAAAAUAUUCCGGUCAUUUUCAGCAGCACUCUUCUAAACGAUGUUGAUCUAUCAGGCAUAAGCAGAUAUUCAUUUAACGAGAGGAUAUUACUAGAUUCGAACAUUUCUGAUUUAUCUGGAAGAGAAAUUGAUCCUGUUAACUUAAUGCAUGAUCAUUCUUAUUCACUCAAUAACGCAAUUCAUUCGUUGAAUGAAAACAAUGUAACUACAGAAAAAAAAACGAAUAUUCUCUUCCAGCUAGUGAUCACAUCAUUCCAGACAGUAAUCUUGAGCCAGAAAAUUCUGAUUCUGAAUCAGAAUGUAUAG